CGGUUCGUAAAAAAGAUGAAUAGAACGCGAAGGAUACUCGAAGUGAUCGUUAUCCUUAUUCUAGCGAUAUCGAGUUGUGAUGGCAGUGGAGGAGAUAUCCCCCUGCGAUGCGACGAGUACGAUUCCAUGGGAUACAUGGACGUGAAUGAGGCGUUUUGCACGGUCACCGGAUUCACGGUCACACACAGUCAAAAUGUCGUGAUCAAGAACAUACCACCCGGAAAUAUGGUCAAGUUCAUGAAGUUUUACGAAUCAACGCUGCUCUAUAUGCCCUUCCAUCUAUUCGAAACAUUCCCAUAUCUCAAGACCCUCGAUGUCUCGAAUACGAAUAUUUUGGAGCUAACGAGAAAUGCAUUCAGUGCUGCGAGUAAUCUCACCUAUCUGAAUCUGGCCUACAAUAAUCUGACAUCUAUCCAGACUUCUGUGUUUAUUGGCGCCAAUGUUCUGAUGCGUUUGGAUUUGUCCUACAAUGAGAUAUCCUCGCUGAGUGUGAAUGCCUUCUGUGGCCUGCACACCAUUAGCCAGAUUUAUCUAACGGGCAAUCUGUUGAAGGAGCUGCACAACGAUAUCUUCAAGGAUAACGAGUACUUGGAGAAGGUGUCCUUCGAGGGAAAUCUACUGACCAGCAUUCAACCGGAGGUUUUUCGCAAUAUGCGGCGCAUCAAGGAGGUUAAUCUAUCCAAUAAUCGCCUGAUUUUCAUCCAUCCGGACACUUUUGCGGAUGCGGCAAGCUUGGAGAAUCUGGUGUUGUCCUAUAAUGAGUUGAAAAACUUCCAGCUGACGGAGAAGAAUAUUGUGCAUCAGCUGCACUUGGAUAAUAAUUAUCUUACAAAUUUGACCAUAAAUGCAACUCGAUUCGUUCGCGCCAGUCACAAUCAAAUUUCGGAGCUCUUUCUGCACCAGAGUUUGCAUAUCGAAACAUUGGAUUUAAGUGCCAACAAGUUGAGUAGCAUAUCGAAUAUCACCAAUAUCACACAUAUGCUCUACUUGGAUGUAUCGGAUAAUCCAAUUGGUCCGCUUAAUAUCAGCACCUUUUCGCAACUUAAGAGACUGAGGGGACUAAAUUUGCGAGGAACUGGAAUUAGAGAGCUUAAAUUUGGAAUGUUUUCGAAGCAGAAGUACUUGGAGGAACUGGAUCUUUCGUUUAACAACCUGACCAUUCUCAAUUUGGAUAUGUUUGUGCCCUAUCUGACUAAUCUGAAGAAGUUCCUCAUCGACGGCAAUGGGCUGACUGAGCUGCAGGGAAAUCGCACGUUUUCCGAAGCUUUUCCACAACUUCAGAAAUUGGGAGUAUCGAGGAACCGCUUCAACUGCUCCUAUCUACAUCAUCUACUCAUCCCACCAUCGCUACCCGAGUCCGUAGUGCUCAAUAUUGAACCGGACACCAAUCUGGAUGAGACCCCACACAUUCGUGACGUAUCCUGCAUCAGUCAAUCCCAGGAGGUCGUUAAUGCCUCCUUCACCGCCGAGGAAUCCAAGCUAGAAUCGCAGAUUCAAAUGCUUUCGAAACAGUUGGAUAUUGUAGGCUCGCAUUCGAAGAAUCUGGAACUUCACCUGGCCUUUAUGCAGAUCUUUGCGUACGUUAUGGGCGGCCUGGUCCUGGUGGGUGUGGUGUCACUGAUAACCCUUCGAUAUCUGAAGAAUCAACGAUCGGGUCGAUAUGAUCGCAGCAGCAUUGUCUUCCGCUCCAAUGCCACAAUGGAAGCUAAUCUCACCCUGGGCAGUGAAGAUCUUCAGUAGCCUGUACAUUUUUAACUUUAUUAAAGUGGAAAUAAAAUUGCAAAGUUUAAACAUUUAAUUCGUAAUGGUUGUUAAAUGAUUUCAUAACGCUAAAAUUUCUUCGUGCUUGCUUAAAACAACUUCGAGUGGCAAAAACGCAUAGGAUGUCGUAAAAUAAAAUCCUUUUGCCAAAUAUCUUCUAUUCAAACCAGGAAGGUAUAACAUUUUAUAUUCGAAUUUUAUUGAAGUGCAGAUACUCAAUUUGUAUACUCAAUAGAAAAUGCGGAAAAGAAAUUGAUAGGGUGUCUGCGAAGAAAGAAAGAAAGAGAAACAUUUGUAAGUUUAUCUAAAUCGACCUUGCACACAUAUGUACAUCUGACUUCCUGUAUGGCACUGAGUUUUGAUAACUGAGAGCUUUAAGACCUUCAAGGAAAUUAUACAAAUUAUAAACGUUUUUCUUUUAUCAUAUGGAUUUUAGCAAAUAUAAGAUAUGUACCCUGAUACAACCACUUUUCCGAAUAAUAAAAUCGGGAAAUUAAAAGUUUGAUUUUGUUGUACCAAACCACUCUUAGAUAUAUUUUUAAGUUUUAAGCAAACCUAAAGAUUGUUAAAUAAAAUAAAAGAUUUGUGUUUCGAUUUUU